AUGUCUUCAGUCCUCCCAGCAGCCAUGAUGACACCCAAAGAGCAUAACGAGGAGUCCCAGGAGAGCAUCAAUAUUCUGGAUGUGUACAUGGACUGGUACGGUGUCGGGACACUGAGCAGUUCCCCAGCUCCGGGAGAAACGCAAGAAUCGGAUCUUGUCGCUCCUCCACCUUGUCUACCCACACAGGCAACACCCGGAAACGUGACAAAAGUUCACCAGGCAUAUGUGGGAAGCCGUCUUCUCGAGUCCGAGUCCGGUCCACAUAAGCUACAUCGCGCGUCGCGAAGUGCGUCAUCCACAGAGAAACACUAUCGAAAGCGGGAUCACGGUGAUCGGUCUCUGGCAGAUAUCACGCCCAGGACAAACGCCGUAACAGAGGUUGCAUCUCCCGUGGCCGAUCCUGUCUUUUCGGCCCAACUCAACCCGGCGCCCUCGGUUCUCUCCGAGGCUAGCAACGAGCCAUGCUCGGAGGUGUUUUGUAAAGAUGGUCAACCUCAGGAUAUAGCCUCAGCGCACUCACAAAUACCCGAGAAGGCCGUCAAUAUGGAUCCUUCUCAGUCUCCGACCCAGUCAAAUGAUGGGCGCAGCUAUGAGCAAUAUUACAGGAGCUCCCCAAGGCUGCAGGAUGAACUGCCCUCUACAGCCCUUGGACUCGACGACCACUUCCCAAGUUCGCAGGAGCAAAAGACUCUGAAUGAGGAAGACACUGGCGCUGUCAUUUUCGGGACAAGCCAUAUAGCAGCGCACGCCACUCAAUCUACCGUCCCCGAUGACUCAGGUCUUGUGGACUUCGGCUUGGUGCUUCAAGGCGAUGCCGAGUCUCAGCAACAUGCACCGAACCAUGGCUCGUUCCAAUUUCCGGAAACACCAGCCCAACCCAAGAACCCGUUCGCCGCUCACGACCGAGCACAGUUGCUCGGCGGUUCGCAGCUAUUCAGACAGACGCAGUUCUCGUCUGCCGUGCGGGGUGGGAUCAGCCCAACAUCGUCAAGACCGUCGCCAAACGAUUUCCAGCCCAAUUCAAUAUCCCCAAAUCCAGUCAUCUCAUCACCGCUAAAGGCUCGUGGCUUGCCAUCUUCGCCUAUGUUGCAGCCAACUUCAAGCCCUGAGCGUGAAGCUGGAAUCCUGUCAGAACCUCCAGGAGCAGAUGAGUUACGUUUCGAAGAGCCGACCCCCAAGGGUCCGGUUGUUCAAAAUCCGCUCCAGUACAUUGCCUCAAAGAAGCAUUUGACCUCUGGACCCAUGGAACAAUAUGAGCCAAUGAAGCUAUCACAGCUCAGGAGAGAGACAUCCAACGAGUACUCUAACCUGAGCUCUGAUGGAGAGACAAGCGACGAUGAUGACUUCAGGCGUCGGCGAAGAGCGGAGGAAAAAAAGUCUGCCGCUAAGCGAAAACUCUCCUCGAUCAGUUUCAAGGGUUCCUCAGAGUCUGAUGAAGUCGAGGUGCCGUCCACCAACAAGAAGGGAAAACAGUCUCCAGCCUCGCUCCCUGGGGAUCAUGCUACUUCGAAAGGUGAAGGGACCAGCACCCCCGAGGGCCAAGACACCGUGGCGGACUCCCAGAAAGAUCUGGUAGUUGCUCAGUCCCUGGAAGCAGCUGAGACUGCUUCGGGGGAUGAUCUGCCAACAGCCAAGUCUGUCGGAGAUGGGGGGCAUACUCGUGGCGAGGUUUUGACACGAUCUCCAGGUUCCGCUGUAGCUGCAUUAGACAGAGAUGGCUCCGCGUUUCCGGCAACUUGGAGCAAUCCCUUGGAUCAAGGAGAGGCCAUUCCUGAGACCAGUCCCGCGCCGCAGCAGCCUCGGCCCUUCAGCACCUUCCAAAACCAAUCUUCAACAUCCGAGUCUCUGGUCGGCUUUUCUUAUCCAACGCUCCAGAGCGACGGACAACCUCAAGCAUCUCGGCAAGGCGUGCCAUCGUCCAAGGAGGAUAAUGCUGCAAUUCAAGCGUCGGUGGAUUCAAAGACUCGCGGCUCGCAUCAUGAUACAUCAACUGACAUACAGACCGAUCUACACCCGAGCUACGAAAACACUGCAGUCUCCUCCCUAGCUCUUCCAGAACCCAAAGCAGAUGGGCUUCCUGCUGUGCCAUCGUCAGUGCCUUCUUCUCCGCCUGCCUUGAGUACCCGAGCGAGGAAGCGUGCACGAGUCAUAUCCAGCGGGCAAACAGAGCCUGGGGCCCCUUCAAGCUCAGCUAUGCAAGGUUCGACGUCGAGCUUGAGCACGCUGUCUGUAACGCCUACGCUAUCGGAGAAGACUACACCUGCAACGGAUGAUUGCGGAGAAGCAGCCCAUCUUGUGAGCGGCGAUCAUUCCUCUCCCGCGGUUUCCAGAGAUCUCCGACGCAAGGCAACAAAAGCAGCGCCAAAAACGAUUACUUACGGCGGACGGACCAGGGUGGCCACGAGAUCCAGAAAGCCGCCAGUGUAUACGGAACCGCCCUCCACUGAUGAGCUGGGUCGUUCCCCGUCUUCCACGCCAACGUUUGAUCGUAGCGUGAAUGCACCCCUUGCUGGGAUUGCGAGGCCAGGACGCGCACCAUCACGCGCCCAGUCCACUUCUCGAGAUCGAAGCCUAGGUGCCCAACAGCUCUUCCUUGGCAUGGCAUUUGCCAUCUCUUUCCAGUCAGAGAAGCCAGGUGAGAAUGCAGAGCAGUACCAUGAUCGUAUGGCAACCGCGAAAGAAUUAGAACAUCAAAUCAUACAAGAAGGCGGCACCGUGCUUUCGAGCGGCUUUGAUGAGCUAUUUGAUCAUCCUCCAAUCCGAAGCACAUCGACGAGUCCUGCUUCCACCCCACCAGACGAUGUCGAUAUCCCUCUGCGUUCCGCGGCAAGCUCUAUCGGGUUCACCGCGCUGAUAGCCGACGGGCAUUCCAGGAAAGUGAAAUACAUGCAGGCUCUCGCAUUGGGACUGCCUUGUAUUGCCUCACGCUGGAUCUCUACAUGCUUGGAGAAGAAGAGAGUGGUUGACUGGACGCCGUAUCUUCUUUGUGCAGGGCAGUCAUCGUUCCUCGGCGAUGCUAUCCGCUCUAGGAACAUUGUACCGUACGAUGCUUCAAGCGCUAAGUUGUCGGAUGUCUUGGAACACCGGCCUAGGUUCCUGGCUGGCAACCGCAUUCUUCUCGUGAUGAAGAAGACAGAUGAAAGCAAGAAGAUGGUUUAUGUCUUUCUUGCCUGGGUGCUAGGGGCCUCGCUGUCUCGCGUGUACAACUUGAAAGACGCUCGAGUCCAGCUCAAAGCCAUGGAGGCUGUUGAUCGCCCAUACGACUGGGUAUAUGUCGACGGGAAAUCAGGACAGAGCGAGUCCUUGUUUACCACAGGCGCAACUAAUGGCAAGAAGCGGAAGAGAUCCAGCACGACCACGAGCGGAGCCAGCACCCCUCCCAAGAGGAUCAAGACCUUGAGCGAUGAGCUGGUCAUCCAGAGCCUGAUCCUGGGCAGGCUUAUCGAUGAAGAAGAUGGGAUCGAACAGUGA